CUUCUCCACUAUGGCACUUCGGAUUUCUUGGGCUACUUGCACAUUUAAGAAAAGAAACACCUCCUGGAUCAGACAUCUUUGGGGUUCCAGCAUCACCUCCUAUCCCACCCACUGUCCCUGACCAUAGUCAUGCCUCGGGGUCAGAAGAGUAAGCUCCGUGCACGUGAGAAACGCCGCCGGGUCAGGAGUGAGACCCAAGGUCUCAGGGGUGCUCAGGCCACUUCAGCAGAGAUAAAGUCCCCUGAGUCCCCCUCUCCUGUUUCUGGGGGUACUCGGCUGAGCACCCCUGCUGCUGGCACUUGCCAGCAGCCUCAGAGAGCCCCAGCCACUGGCUCUCCUGAUGCAAGGGUUUCACGCCCAGGAUCUGAUGUAGGUGCCAAGAGCCAAGUUCAGAAAAGUAGAAAUUUCUCCCGAGCCUCAACCUCCAGUGAGAGCUCUCACACAGAUCCUCUGACCAGGAGGGUGGGGAUGUUGAUGCAAUUCCUGCUAGAGAGAUAUAAAAUGAAGGAGCCCAUCAUAAAGUCUGACAUGCUGAAGCUUGUCAACAAAAAGUAUAAGUUGCAUUUCCCUGAGAUCCUCAGGAGAGCCGCUGAGCGCAUGGAGCUGGUCUUUGGCCUUGACUUGAAGGAAGUCAAGCCCAAUGGUCACUCCUAUACCCUUGUCAGCAAGCUAGACCUCAGCGAUGAUGGGACUCUGAGCGGUGGCUGGGGGCUUCCUAAGAAUGGGCUUCUGAUGCCCCUCCUGGGUGUGAUCUUCUUGAAUGGCAACCGCGCCUCUGAGGAGGAGAUCUGGGAAUUCCUGAAUAUUUUGGGCGUCUACGAUGGAAAGAAGCAUUUAAUCUUCGGGGAGCCCAGGAAGCUCAUCACUGAAGAUUUGGUGCAGGAAAAGUACCUGGAGUACCGCCAGGUGCCCAACAGUGAUCCUCCUCGCUAUGAGUUCUUAUGGGGCCCCAAAGCCCGCGCUGAAACCAGCAAGAUGAAAGUCCUGGAGUUUUUGGCCAAGGUCAAUGGUACCAUCCCCAGUGCCUUUCCAGUGCAUUAUGAAGAGGCUUUGAGAGAUGAGGAAGAGAGGGCCCAAGCCAAAACGGCAGCCAGAGCCCGUGCUGCUGCCAAGGCCAGCGCGCGUUCCAAGGCCCGUGCGCGUUCCAAGGCCGCUGGAAUACCUCCUGCCCCUAGUGAGGUCUAAGGCAGUUCCUUCACUUUGUGUUUGAUAAAUGCUGCCAACCUGUUAAGUAGUGAGAGGCUAAAGGGGGGCUGGAAAGAUCGUAAUAUAUAUCUUUGUGUUCCUGUUAUACACUGAUACUUUUCAAAUGUUUCUUUUAAUAGAAUGCUUGUGUAGAUUCAGAAUUCAAAUUUAUAAAUGACAUGAGUCACACAUUUGUUGUUGUUUAUUAGGUUUAAGAGUAAGAGUUUUGGUAUUAUGUAGUACAGUUUGAAAAAUCCUUGCAUCUUUUGGGGCUUCAGAACAAGAUAAUAUGGCUUUGGAAUAGGAAUUUUCUUGGAAAUGUGAAAGAAUGCUGUGGUUUUAAAAUAGUUGAAAAGAAAGUAAAAUUUUAGUCAAA